GUCUCUCUCGUAUCCUGGGACCAACACGGCUACAACAACACCGCAAAUUUCAUAAUGUUAGUAACACGAGAUUUUCACAUUCAAAAUAGGGGCUUUCAGCUUGAAGUGUGAUAAGAAUAUCGCCUGCUACCUAGGACAAGGCUCCCAGCCCGCUCGCUCCAGAGCAGAACUCCAACACUUGCUGCCUAGGUGUAGGAAGGCCUGAGGGAUGAGAGGUGAGCUGAUCUGGGGUUGGAGGCCAAGGGAGGCAGUGAGGGUGAGGCUGCUGGGUGAGAUGGGACAGUGUAAAAGUUGAACAUUAUGGACAGUGGUGAUGAGGGAUUGUGAGGUGAGGAAGAGUCAAGAGUCAAAGUGUGAGGGGGAAGGAAACUCUCCAGCAGAAAAUGUCCUUUUUAAUAUGGGGUUCCGUCAGGGAACUGGGAGUUCUCCUCCUCCAGGGGAAGCAGCACAAGGAAAUUUCCAUCCAGGUAAUUUCAGUUUGGCAAUUAAUUUCUCUGAUCAUCUUCUUUCCAUUAUCCACUCUCCCCUGUUGUUAUUUCUUGAAAAGGUCAAUGUGCUGGGGUUGCAUUGAUGUGGGACACGUCUCCUCUGAAGCAUGUGCUUUGGGCUGUCUUCACUGCAAGGCCGUGGGGGCAGAGCAGGGUUAUUAUUAGGGUUACUUAUCACACUGUUUCGUCGUAUGCACACUGCAGACUACGUCCCUGGGUGAGGUGAGAGAUUUUUUCUCUUUCCUAUUCAGACGCACGCCCAGGUUGCAGCCUCUACUGUCAAUUAAUGGUGUCUGCAGACUCUACGAGCAACAUGAGGCUUUGGAGAUAGAGAGAGAGACAAGAGGACAUGGGAUAAACAUGGCUCUUCUCGUUUCUGUGUUGGUGCUCUCCUUCUUGCCGGAAGUGUUCCUUUCCCUAGGUUCUGGGGAAAACCCUCCACCGAUCUUGGUAACUGAAGGGGAACCCGUCUCCUUUGAGUGUUCCUUUGAUGGAUCCCCUGCUGUUGGCGAUCCAUUCUACGAGAUAAUCUGGAUGUAUAAUAUGACCCAUAAAAAUGUGUCCAAGAGGAUCCUUCCCUUUAGAAUGACUCGUCCCAAUUCCAGCGUCCCUGUCUCAGUCACUGAAGGCCAUUUUAGGGGUCAUUUAGACUUUGAAAAGAACACCAGCUCUCUCGUCAUCCCCGAGGUGCGGGUGAAUGACAGCGGCCUGUAUUACUGCGAAGUGAACACAGUGCCAGACCAUGUUAAAUCAAAAACAAACGGGACUUGUCUCAUUGUCACGGCCCCCCGAGGGAAUGUUCUGCUGAUCUCCAGUCUGACUGCUGGGCUACUUCUGUUCUUCCUUGCUUUGGGCUUGUAUUUUACAUUAAAGUGCCGAAUCCAGGCCAAGAAACCAGAAGUUUCUCUGGAAAUGUCCGAUCCCAUUUGCAGCACCUCUGCCCCUGCCCGGAGAGAGUUCUUUACACAGCCCGUCGGCAGUGAAAUGAUCUAUUCAAAACUGCAGUGGAGCAAGUCCAGCAAUGAAGUGUGAAGCCACACACCCAAAAGAGAGUCUUGGUUUCUCACUAAGCCACUCAAGCAACAGGAACCUCUUCUGCUCUCACAUUGCACCAGAGCAAUGCACAGGGAGUUUGUACCAGGUAUGUGUGGAGCGGACAUUCACACCAGGUUUGCGUAGGAGGGCGGAUCUCUCUCACACACACAAACCUGGUGGUCGCUCACUGUUUAUUCCCACACCAAAGCUUAUGUCUGAGUCUGAAAAGAAAUGGUCACAGAAA